AGUGCCUGUCGAUAAACCUUCCUCCAUCUUGAUGUCCGAUGGGCAUCCGUUGAACAACUACCACCAGGGUUAUUUUGAUGACAUGAAUGAGUAUCAGUUUGCCGACGACGGCUUCCGGGGCUAUGGGAACUUUGGGAAGCGAAGAAGGGUGGAUCCUUACCCUGAGCCUGCGGCAAUGUUCGAUAACCGACGACAAGGGUUCGUUUAUACGGGCAACCUGAAGGACCUGCUGGACGAGCAGAUGAAGAUGGUACCCUUGCAGUCGAUGCUUCCAAACUGUGCCUUCCUGUUACAGCGAGAGAUCGAGUUCCUUCGGAACCAGGAGAUGGCACCGCCGGUUAUGAGGGAGGAUCCAGGGGCCAUGCGACCUUCAAGAGGGCCUUUUAUGCUGGAAGAGACCAGGAGUAACCGGGGAAUGACCCCAGAGCAGUCCUACCAAAAUAUAUACACCGGCAUGCAAGGCAAAGAUCAGCGCUCAAGUGACUGGAAGCCUUCGUCGUCUGACGGGAUUGAUACGGUCCUCGUCGAUCACCUAGAGAAGUCAGACGGAAACUGCAAGACCAUGAUAAAGAUCUUUGUUCCCGUCGAUCGAUAUCCUGGAUUCAACUUUGUUGGCCGUCUGCUGGGACCGCGUGGAAGCACUUUUGUAGAGUUACAGGCGAGCAGCGGGUGCAAGAUGACCAUCCGAGGGCGCGGCUCUAUCAAGCUGAAGCCCGGGCAGACAGAAGCUUCGCUGAUGCGACAGGCGAACUACCAGCAUCUCAGUGAGCCCCUGGACUUGACACCUUGUCUUCGUCUGUACUCGGUUACCCAGCAUGUUGUUGUCGAGUACGAGGGGCCGUCGUGGGCGAAAGAUCGAACUCUGCGCCAUGCGGAGAACAUCUUGAAGGAGGUUAUGAUCCCUCCGUCAUCGGAAGGAAGCGACAAGAUCAAGCAGCAGCAGCUGCGGGAUCUUGCGAUUCUUAACGGCAAGUACCGAUCGCCUCCUCGUAAACCGCGAGUAGACGACAAUAUACCCGGCAGAGGUUUCAGUCCCCCCGAUCCUUACGGGGGAUAUGCACAGCCUCUUCCUGGCGGGAGCUUUGAUGCUCGUCAGCCAUACCCGGGCGAGGGGGCGCCUCCUGGACUUUACGAUACUGCCGAGGGCAGCAGGAAGUAUGCAUCAGCCUACAAUCCUUACUAG